UUGAGCAUGAGAGAAUGUAGCAUGCAAGCAACCAAAGGGGGAAAAGAAGAAGAAUGGUACAGAAAACAACGGAGCCUUUACUGUAUUCUCCUCCUCCUCCUUUCUCUUUCAUCUCUCUCUCUCCCUGUCUUUGUGGGUUCCGCUGUGCCUGUUGGGUUGAAAGCACAGCGGCAGACACAUUGGGACAGAAUAUCUGCAUCACGUCCCAUCACCCACGAACCUGCAUGCUCUUCCCUUUGCAGAACGAACCUUCUUCUUCCCCCUUCCCCCCUACAUUCCUGCAUUUAUUGCUCUCUCUCGCCCCCUCUCACUUUUUCUCUCUCCCUCCCUCUCUCGUAUAUGGUAUCAUUCUUUCGUCAUCCCAUGCAUCCAUAUAUAAGUAGGAGAAACCGCUGCCUAUAAGACUACAUUCGCAUCUUUCUCUUCUUCCUCAACCCUUUUACUUCUUAAGUCAUGUCUUCCCUUCUUCUCCUCCCCUCUUUCCUCUUCUUGUUCUUCUCAAGCCAGCUUUGUGAAGGCCGACAUCUUUUCAUGGCAUUUGAUGAUGUUGUGGAUCGUGGCAGUAAAAUGACUAAAACUUACGAGCUUUCUUACGAGAAUGAAAAUAGUGCACUAGUGAAGGUAGAGAACAGGCCAAAAGGGGAAUUGAUGAGGGGAAAGCCAGAUGAAAGAAUGACGGAGCAUGGAAAGCAUACAGUGGAAGGUGGAAAGAGAAGGGCUGCAGAGGGAGUGCAGAAGACUGAUAGCAUGAUUUCAGGCACCGAGUCAUUCAAACCCUCUUCUCAUAACGUUAAAAGGCAACCGAAUAGAUUAGAGGUGUCACAAAAACUGGACCGAUCGGCUGUGGAAUUCCAUUUCCAGGAAGGAGAAAAUGAGUCUACUGCACUUGAUGUUUCUGAUAUAGUAAUCAACGAUUAUCCUGAGCCCCAUCGGAACCCACCAGCUAACAACGAAGUACCAUAGUCAUGUGCAAGGUCACAGUCUGAUUUUUUCCCUGAUAGAGUCAACCGGAUGAUGCGAAAUCUGUUUCUGUAUGCUAAGCAGUUGCCGAUAAGUGCUAGCUCUCGCGUAACAAUUCUUCUGUAUUUGUGCGUGCGUCUUAUGAAAUUAUGGGAGUUGGCGAUUUG